AUGGUUCCCUCAUCAGUACUGCUGCCCCUCGCAUUUGCGUCUUACACGGUCGCAUCUGAGGCCCAUGCGCAAUCGCGCUGGGCGCAGACAUGCCCCUGGACGCCACUGGAGGAGUUGCUGUUGGAAUGCUCAAGUUGGGAUCUCACAACAGAAAGGAAAGGCAAGGGCGCAGACUUGGGACAGACGCGGGCAAAUGGAACGACGAAUCCCGAACCACUGGGCUGGACGGGCCCCCAUGGAUGUGCGGGAAGCUACUGCCUAUACGCAAACCGUGGCUUCGCAGAUGAACGCGGAAUCGUCAUCAUCUCCACGCCAGAAAACGUCCAAAAAGUGAAGAACCUGGAGCAGACCCUGCACACCGAAGCGCUCGACGAAAACCCCUCAUCAAGUAGACCCUCGUUCGAGAUCACGCAGGUCGAGGGAAAAGGCCUAGGCAUGAUCGCCAACAAGACCCUCGCGCGAGGCGACACCGUCAUGCUCAAAACGCCAGUCCUGCUUGCUCACCGCGCCUUUAUCGAGCACACUCCCCCGGCGGACCGGCACUUUCUCCUCGAUGCUGUCCCGGAGUUCCUCCCUCCCCCGACGCGAAAGAGCUUCCUGGGUCAGAUGGGUCACUUUGGUGGGCACCAGGUCAGCGACAUCAUGGCGACCAACUCGUUCCAGAUGGACAUUGGCGGCGGCGCCCAGGGCGACGGUCACCACUACGGCAACUUCCCCGAGGUAUCGCGGUACAACCACGACUGCCGCCCCAACGUGGCCUUUCGCAUCGGCCCGGACCUGCGCCACCGCACGACGGUUGUCCGGCCCGUGAAGCCCGGCGAGGAGCUGACCAUCUCGUACCUCGACCCGCUCGGCAUCCGCUCCGUGCGGCAGCACCGCGCCAAGCGGGCGUGGGGCUUCGAGUGCGGGUGCUCGCAGUGCGGGCUGGCCAAGAAGCAGGCCGCGGCCUCGGACGCGCGGCUGUUGGAGAUUGAGGAGCUGGACAGGCAGCUCUCGGAUAUUGGCGCGAGUGUGACGACGGCAAUGGUGGAGCGGUUUUUGAAGCUGCAUGUGGAGGAGAGGUUGGAGGCGAAGAUGGCCGGGGCCUAUACCACCGCGGCGCUGAACUUCAACCUGCUCGGCAGGAAUAAGAUGGCGGUCAAGUAUGCCAAGUUGGCGGUGGAGGCGGGGACGAUUGAGAACGGGCCGGAGACGGGUGAUGUCGAGGCCAUGAGGGCGUUGGCGGCGGAACCGAAGAAGCACUUUACCUGGAGGGGGAGAGUCCGGUAA